GGAUAACGAUCUAGGAAAUCAGUACUAAUAUUGUAUAUUAGCAUAGGUAUACUCGUAUCACAGGCGAGAGUUUUAGGUAUAAAUAACCUGUUAACGGUGGGCGAAUGAGUAUUUCUUGAAAUCUGUUAUUACCUGUCGACCGAAUAUGAAGCGCAAUUUCGGAAUAUUUUUGGGGGUCAUGUUACUAGUGUCGAUCAGCUGUGUAAACGCCCAAGGUGGAGGCGGCGGUGCUGGUGGUGAGGCUGGCGCCGGGGCGAGCGCUGGCAUGAGCAUAGGAGCGGGUAUGAAAGGCGGCGCAGGCGCUGAUGGCGAAGGCGAAGGUGGCGCUGGCGGCGGCGCCGGUUUUGGUGCAGGUUUCAGUUUCGGUGCUGGGGCCGGCGGUAAGGGUGGCGCCGGUGCAGGUGGGCGCUGAACACGGAAACUUAUUUACCUGGAAAUGUUGAUUGCUGUUUACAGAUAAACGCAAAUGUAAAUAAAUGUGUGUGCAGCAAAUCCGAAAA